CCCUCUCCCGCAGACAGUGGUCGCUGCUCGGGCGGAUUGGGAUGGAUUUAUAGCACGGGAAAUCGCUGCGUUAUGAAUUUCAUAAAAUCUUUGCUUUUCAGCUGUGGACUGUAUUCUUUCGAGAUCUUGCCAGAUUUGUUUAUCCACUCUCCUUUGUUAAAUACGUAAGAACGGAAGAAGUGUACGAUUUUUAGAAAACAUCUUGUUGUUUGUAAAGCAGGCCGCUUAAGCCUCGGAGUUUACUAAAAUUUUGCCCGGCAUGUUACGCUCGGCCCACGGAAUACUCGCGGCUUUUUUCACCCGGUGCAUGGUAUCCACCUAGUCCUCGGUUUGACAGCAGUGGUCGUAGUAGCGACACAUUUCUCAUCUACGAUUGACUGAGAGCUGUUGUCACUGCCCGCAUACUUCUUAUACAACACUUUACUGUAAAUACAGCGGUCUUGACAGGAUUGCAAGUUGAUUGGUGAACCACUUGCAAGUGAAACUGACUCUCCACAGAGGCAACUAAGUGAACUGUGGUCCCCAAACAGAAGCAAUACCAUAUCACAAGACUUUUUUUUUUUUUUUUUUUUUUUUACAUUGACAUAUUUGGCCAGAGAUUUUACAAUGGCAUCUGUUCCAGUUUACUGCUUAUGCCGUCUCCCUUAUGAUGUCACGCGGUUCAUGAUAGAGUGUGAUGUUUGUCAGGACUGGUUUCAUGGCAGUUGUGUUGGUGUGGAGGAAGACAAAGCGGCAAAUAUUGACCAGUAUCACUGUCCUAAUUGCCAGGUGACACAUGGACCCUCUGUCAUGCGCAAACGUCGGGGGGCUAUUAAACAUUCUGAUGCAGGAGUGGUGAGAGACUCGGGACGUCCUGUGAAGACGGGCAGUGCUCAGUUUGUCAGAGAGCUACGCAGCCGCACUUUUCCCGGUGCUGAUGAAGUCCUGCUGAAGCCGACCGGGGCCCAGCUCACGGUUGAGUUUCUAGAAGAGCGCUCCUUUAGCGUCCCAGUCCUGGUCCUCAGGAAAGAUGGUCUGGGCAUGAAUUUGCCCCCGUCAUCUUUCUCAGUGUCAGAUGUAGAGCAUUAUAUUGGUUCUGACAAGGAAAUUGAUGUGAUUGAUGUCAGCCGCCAAGCAGACCUGAAGAUGAAACUGGGAGAGUUUGUCGAGUACUACAACAGCCCAAACAGAGACCGAGUGCUCAAUGUGAUCAGCUUAGAGUUCUCAGACACCAGGUUGUCAAAUCUAGUGGAGACACCAAAGAUUGUGAGGAAGCUGUCAUGGGUGGAGAACCUCUGGCCUGAGGAGUCUAUUUUUGAGAGGCCUAAUGUGCAGAAAUACUGCCUGAUGGGAGUGAAGGACAGUUACACAGACUUUCACAUUGACUUUGGUGGAACAUCUGUGUGGUACCAUGUACUCCGGGGUGAGAAGAUCUUUUACCUCAUUCGUCCCACUGCUGCUAACCUGUCGCUUUUUGAGCGCUGGAGUUCAUCCUCCAAUCAGAACGAGCUGUUUUUUGGGGACCAGGUAGACAUGUGCUACAAAUGUUCACUAAAGCAAGGAAACACCCUCUUCAUCCCAACAGGGUGGAUUCAUGCUGUUUUGACCCCUGUGGACUGUUUGGCAUUUGGGGGAAAUUUUCUACACAGCCUCAACAUUGACAUGCAGCUUCGAGCAUAUGAAAUAGAAAAACGACUGAGCACAGCAGAAUUAUUCAGGUUUCCAAACUUUGAGACCGUGUGCUGGUAUGUUGGCAAGCAUCUGCUGGACACCUUCAGAGGUCUAAGAGAGAAUCGACGGCAUCCUGCCACAUACUUGGUCCAUGGAGCCAAAGCACUCAAUAAUGCUUUCCGCGGCUGGACACGGAAGGAAUCCCUGGCAGAACAUGAACAUGAGAUACCAGAGACUAUAAAGACCCAGCAGCUUGUGAAGGAUCUGGCUAAGGAGAUACGCCUAGUUGAGGAUAUCUUCCAGCAGAACAUCGGCAGGAGUGGGACACCAUUUGGGGGCUCUCAGGGUCUUCCCUCUCCUCACCCCAAAGCUCCGUUAAACACAUCCCUCACUUUUGGCCAGCACCCUGGUAAAAAGAGAGGCACCAAGCUGAAGGAUGGAUUUGGAGGAGGGGGUGUAGGCCUUCCAGGAGCUAAGAAAAAGAGCCAAAAAGGCAAAGAGAUAAAAACAGAAGCUGGAGAGCUGGACCUGCUGGAGAUUCACACUAAACACACGCUCAAGAAGUUCCAGCCAGGAAGCAAAGUCAAAAAGAGCAAGCUUGAGCUGCCCAAUGACUGUCUAGAUGAUUUUGAAGAGAAGAUCAACAAGAGCAAGCUUAAGCUUGUGCUGACUAAUGGAAAGAUACAAGGAAAGAAGGGUCGUGCUGGCAGUGCAAAUGGAGCCGGGAGUUCACUUCAACAGUUCCAUUCCCACAUGGCUACUUUGUCUGACUUUGACUCCGAAGAUGAGCUUCAGAUUGAUGAAACCCCUCCACCUCGCCGUAGACCGUCUCUAUCUAGCAAGAAGAAAUUAGCUGGUCUACCAAGGAAACUGCCUCGGGCCAAACCGUGCAGUGACCCCCACAGAAUUCGUGAGCCAGGAGAAGUGGACUUUGAUAUUGAGGAGGAUUACACCACAGAUGAGGAGAUGCUUACAGUGCAGGGAGUAAAAGGUGGAGCAGGCGGGAUUUUAGACUUGCUCAAGGCAAGCAAACAGGUUGCGGGUCUUGAUUCUGCACUGAGUGAGGAAGCACCAGCCUCCCCCAGCACCCGUGAUGCUAUCCAGGGCAUGCUCUCGAUGGCCAACCCUCCAUCAUCCUCAUCCUCUUCCUCCUCUUCCUCUCCCCUGUCUGUCUCUGGAGGAGGUGAGAUGCUGGGGCUUAUAAAGGAGAAAGGAGGGAGAGCUGGGUGGAUAAGUGGAGUCAAGAAGAAUGAGAAAAAGACCACAUUUCAGAGGCCAGGAAAACGGCCUAUCAAACGACCAGCACGGCACCUCAGUGAUGAAGAAAGCUUGGAUGAACAGGAGACCUUGGGUACCUGUUUUAAAGACUCUGAUUAUGUGUAUCCAUCACUAGAAUCUGACGAGGAGGAUCACAUAAGCAAGUCCAAAAUGAAAAGAAAGCGAAACUGGGAUGAUACACCCUGGAGUCCUAAAGCACGUGUGACCCCUACACUGCCUAAGCAGGAGCGGCCGGUGAGAGAGGGUGCAAGGGUGGCUUCUGUAGAAACUGGGCUUGCAGCUGCUGCUGCCAAACUGGCGCAACAGGAACAGCAUAAAACCAUAACCAGGAGAAAAUACACCAAGAAGAAGGUCCCUCAAGAGAAAGUACAUUCUGCAGCUGCCCAACUCCAGUGCCAGCCGGACUCUGCCCCUGUGUCUCCUCCUCUGCCCUCUGAGCCUCCUGUGGACUGCAUAGUUGAGGAGAGGAGAGUGGAGGUGUACUCUGCCAGCCUGCUGGACCAUGAGUACACAGCAGGACCAGGUCCUUUUAGCCCGGGGGGCCCAAGAGGAAGUGGUGCCAUGGCUCCUGGCGUCUUCCUGACUUCAAGACGCCCCUCACUCUCUCCCCAAAACAGCAGCAGUUAUCCUCCCUCUGCCCCCUCACCUGGAGGGCUGGCUUCUCCAACGUCAGCAGGAGUGUGUCAAGGAAAACGCCCGAAGAAAGGACUUGCUACGGCUAAACAGAGACUGGGAAAGAUUCUUAAAAUACAUAGAAACGGCAAGCUUCUUCUGUAGUUUGAUAAUAUGGAGAGGAGACUGCAGGGAACAAUAGAGGAGGAGAGAACGAAUAAGGAUUAGAGAGGACUUGAGUGAUUUUGGUGUUAAUUUAUGUGACUGUUUUAUGGUUAAUGUUCUGCUAGCCUGGUUUUUAGUUGCUUCAUCGGGAUGAAAAGUGAAAAGAAUGAGAAAAUUCAGUUGAAAUCCAUUUAGCAUGGUGUU